CAGGCAAAAAUCGAUGGUGCGCGGGUAAUAAAACAUCAGUUUGUGUGCUCUUCGUAUCAUCUCUCUUGCCUCGCAUUUUCUGCUACCGUUUUUCUUUUAAAAAGUGAUACAUCAGUUCAUUUUGACAGUUUCUAGAGCAAGGUGCUGAAAAUGGAGUCUGCUAUUUUACAUUUGGAGCAAAGUGUUCAGGAAGCUGAUGGAAAAUUAGAUAUGAUUGCAUGGCAAGUUGAUGCUUUUGAGAAAGAAUUUGCUGAUUCAGAAACAGAACCUGUCUCAGUUCUAAGACUGCUACGCUCUGUAACUCAAGUAAAAGAGGAGUAUCAAGUACUGCGCCAAGAUAUACAAGAAGUUCAACAACUUCAAAAACAACUCACGGGAUUACUCAGAAAUCAGUUAAUGCAGGUACAUGGUCAUUUCAAUGUAUUGAGAAACAGAAUUGUUGGGCAGAAUAGGACACCUCAAUUAAAGUAAAUUAAAAUAUGGUUAUUUUAAGUGUUUAGAAGCUAUUAUUCUUUUUUAAUACUUAUUUAUUGUUUUUUUUUUAUCUUUACUAUCAUUCAAUUCAUAUGUUAUUACUAUGAUGAAUUUCAUUCGCAUAAGCUGAAGAUCUGUGGCUCUUAAAGAUUUAUUUUUUAUUAUUUCAAGAAUGAAUAUGUCAUAAUUUAUUUUAAGUUUCACAUUCAAAAUGUUUCAACAUGGACAUAAAUCAAUAAAAAUUGAAAGUCUUGCGAUACGUAUAAUGAAUUAGUACUUCAAGUCAUAUACAAAAUUAUGAAUCUAUAAUUCAAUUCAAAUUAUUGUAAUUAUUUUACUCAAAAACUGCAUUUUAAAAAUUUGCAUAUUAGCUUAAGUUAUGCUUGCGGAUAAUAUAUUGCAUAUGCUCAUAGUGUAGUGCUUAUCAUGGUAACUCCAUAUAAAGUGGAGCCUCAUUCAUUGCAGAUAUGUAUUGCAUGGAUGGGCAAAUAAUAAAUAUUAAUUUUAUAAAUUGAGUAAA